UUCAGACUUCAGAGACGAACUGACGUGUUUUUAUGCUCUAUAAUGUAUUAAUUUUAAAACAAUUGAAUAUUAUGAAUUAAUAUUUAUAAUUUAUUGUAAAUAACAAUAAUCAUGAGAUACUUACUUAAAUAGUCCUUAAAAUAAUAUAAAAGUGAAAAGAAAAUACAAGCGAUUUCUAGCACCUGACUUAUUUACAGCAUCAUAUGUUAACAUACAGUGAAAAACUACACGCUAUUAUAUAAAAUGUUUAAUUUAGAGCAUGUAUCUCGUGUCAGAAGAUUAUAUAAACUGAUAUUUCGGGUACACCGCGCAUUACCACCAGAGCUACGGGUUCUAGGUGACAAUUAUGCCAGGGAAGAAUUUAAAAGACAUAAAAAUUGUAACCCCCAAGAGGCAAGAAUUUUUCUUAACGAGUGGACGGAUUAUGCAAUAAAUGUAGCGAAACAGACUAAACCAUUAAAUCAAGCAAAAACCAAGGUCGUUGGAAAGUAUCUAGAACCAGAACUGUUGGAGCAUAUGACUGAUGAUCAACUAGUGCAACUGUAUGAAUUACAUAAAGCAGCAGCUCAUAGGACCCAUGAAGACACAGGUGCAAUAGAUAUAUCUAAGGAUGUCAAAUAACUUGAUUUAGUAAGCUUGAUUAUUAAAUGUCAAUAUGUAUGUAGAUUAGUGAAAAAUUCAGUUUAUUUAAUAUAAAUAAUAUUUUUUUAAACUUACACUUGACAGAAAAAUAAAUUUAUAUUAGAUGUAGGAGUAUCCAUUCUAAAUAUUUAAUUGUAGGUUUAUUAUAAUAAUUUAUAAGAUUUCGCUUUAAUCAAUUGACAAUUAAUAUGCCCAGAACUAAUAUUCUGGGCAUUCAAUUUUUAAUUUGUAUUACCAUAUUAAUAAAAUAAUCUAGUCAACAUAAUGUUUUAAAUAAUUUAAAUAAUUCACAUCC